UGAGAGUCUGGAGCCACAUGAAGACCAGACCAGUUUGUACUUCCGGGGCUGGCUUUGUGUGACACUAUCCGCUGAGAAUGGCCUGAUGCAGAGCGGUGCGAGUGUAACUCGGUAUACCCGAGACAUGGACUCAGGUGUCUCCACGCCGCGGGAUCGCAGUGGCAACUUGCGGCGACCUCGGGCCAAGUUAGCGUUUAGCUUCCCGCCGGAAGUUCCAGCCGCUUUCGAUGAAACCGAUUUGAUGCAGCAGUGUAGCUUGGUAGAUUGUAACCAAGCCAAAACAAAGUUGAUGGAUUUCACGGUUGCCAUUCCCAACCAGCUAUUGUUGGUCUCACUCCUGGAACAUCUCUGCUUCGUUUAUGAGAAAAAUCCUCAGCGUUCAAUGAGCCUGUUUAAAUGUAAGACACAGUGAGUAUGGUACUGUUGAAUAAUCUGGCUGAAAGACUAGGUUCCAGUAGACAGGAUGACUCCUGAGUUGAAAAGAAGCAGAAUGAAGGAAGAUGUUUUUUU